AGUUUUUAAAAAUGCAAUCAAACUUAUCAUGGUGAUGUAGUAAUGAAACAAUAGAAAUUGCCUAAUUAUAUCAUGAAAAUUAAAAUACAUCAGUUAUUAAAUCCCUUUAUCGUAUGAUAAUAUCCUCAAGGCUAUGUUUAUUAACUAAUAAAUAGAUUGAAAACUUAUGUAUUUCGUGAACGCGAUUAGAAAAGGUCUGACUAUAAUGAGAGGUUUCGGUUUGAUUUUGUGUCUAAUAUUUAAUUACGUAUUUGCGAAGCACGAAUUUUAUGAAGGUCAUGGCCUGUACCAAGUGGACGUGAUUUUUGUGGAACAAACACAGUACCUCCAAGAAUUACAAUCCAAAUAUGCCAUCGAUGUUUGGAUUAACGCACAUCCAGGGAGGCAAGGGCAGAUUCUCGUUCCUGAUUACCUGAAAGAAAAGUUCGAAGAAGAACUUAAAGUUGCUGGAAUUGGAUACACAUUACUAGUAGAAAAUAUCAAGGAGAAAUUGGACUUGGAAGAUUCUUUGUUAGAAGCUGCUGCAGCUAGAACCAAUAGGUCCAAGUCUAGUCCUGGAUUGUCGUUUGAUGUUAUCCACAGAUAUGACGUGGUUGAUCAGUAUCUAGUGGACUUGGCCAAUAGCUACCCUGAAACCGUCACCGUUGUUUCGGCUGGGAAAAGCGUCGAAGGCAGGGAUAUCAAGUAUCUAAAAAUUUCCACAACAAAUUUUCAGGACACUAGGAAACCAGUAGUGAUGCUCCAAUCUCUUCUUCACGCGAGAGAAUGGGUGACCCUUCCAGGAACACUUUACGCUAUUGAGAAACUGGUGAUCGAUGUAACUGAGAGCGACCUUCUCCAAGAUAUUGACUGGAUCAUCCUGCCCAUUGCCAACCCUGACGGAUACGAAAUUUCUCAUACAGAAUUUCGAUUCUGGCGCAAAAAUCGCGCCCCUCACGCUUGUAUGGGCGGCGUCGACCUUAAUCGCAAUUUCGACGUCUUCUGGGGAAUAUGGUCCAGCUCGAAUCCUUGCGCCGAGGAUUACCGUGGGCCGUAUGCUUUCUCCGAACCAGAGACCGCGAUAAUCCGUGAUAUUCUACACGAAUAUAGAAACCGCUUGGAAGUCUACAUUGAUCUCCACAGUUUUGGCAGCAUGAUCUUAUUUGGCUAUGGUAACGGUCAGCUUGCGCCUAAUGCACUGACGCUCAAUUUCCUUGGAGUCCAGAUGGCACAGGCCAUUGAUGCUGUCAAAUGGCCCCAGAAUAGAAAUUACAUUGUGGGUCAUAUUCCGUCAAUCCUUUACAGGGCUUCUGGUGUGUCUAGCGACUACGCUACUAGUGUGGGUAUACCAUUAAGCUAUACAUAUGAACUGCCAUCCUACAGGGGUAUUGUCGGCACAUUACAAGGCUUUCUGGUGGAGCCUGAAUUUAUUGCUCAAGCUGGAUUCGAGACAUGGCAAGGUAUCAAAGUGGCAGCUCGAUUUGCUGUCAGGAAUUUCAGAAGCCGUACUACUGAAAAGUAGAUUUUUUAUUUAUUUUGUUUCCAUCAUAUACGAGCCCUGGAUAAUCACAAAUCAUAAUAAUAUUUCUUUUAUAUCCGAUAUGCUUAUUAAUUUUUGUUAGAUUUUUUUCCUGGUUUAAUAAUGUUCAAACAAAUAGAAAUAGUCAUUUAAAUAAAGUAAUAGUUUCCGGCAA